AUGCCUUCCUCCGACCCCGUUUUCUCGACGCCCCUCACUCGGUUGUUCAAGAUCAGCCACCCAGUCAUGCUUGCGGGGAUGAACGUUGCAGCUGGGCCCAAACUCGCCGCCGCUGUAACCAAUUCAGGCGGUAUUGGUGUUAUUGGAGGCGUUCGCCAGAGCCCAAAAUUCUUGAAAGGCUGUAUUCAAGAGCUGAAGGCUCACCUGGAAGACAAGGACGCGCCUUUUGGAGUCGAUCUUCUCCUUCCUCAGGUUGGGGGCAGCGCUCGCAAAACCAACAAAGAUUACACGAGUGGCCAGCUUCCAGAGCUCGUCGAUGUCAUUAUUCAAGGUGGGGCAAAGUUAUUUGUCUGUGCUGUCGGUGUUCCACCCAAAUGGGCCGUCGACAAACUUCAUGCUGCCGGUAUUCCUGUAAUGAACAUGAUUGGACACCCUAAGCAUGUUUCAAAGGCACUCGCGCAAGGUGUCGAUAUCAUUUGUGCACAAGGUGGUGAGGGUGGGGGACACACCGGAGAUACCCCUUUCUCGAUUCUCAUCCCCGCCGUGGUGGAUCUCUGCAAAUUUACCAAAAGCCCCUUGACUGGCGAACCCGUCGUCGUCGUGGCUGCUGGAGGCAUUGCUGACGGCCGUGGUCUUGCUGCAGCUCUUGUAUAUGGCGCUUCAGGUGUUUGGGUGGGCACACGGUUCGUUGCUAGCGUUGAAGCUGGGGCUCCAAAAAAGCACAAGGAACAAGUCCUUAGUGCUGGCUAUGAUGAUAUCGUCCGAACCCUCGUAUACUCUGGACGGCCGAUGAGCGUACGGAAGACUCCAUAUGUCAACGAGUGGACCAGGGAAACAAAGAGGAGUCAAGAGCUUCAGGACUUGGUUUCGCAAGGCAAAAUACCUCAUGACGUUGAGCUUCAGCAACGCCCGGAAAGGUCUCUGGAGGGCAGAUCUUGGCUCAUGGGGCGAGUCGCGGGCUCCAUCCGUGAUAUCAAGCCUGCGAAAGAAAUUGUCGAGGAGCUCGUAUCAACUGCUGCGAAGACCUUGAACACUCUUGCGUCCCUUCAGAUAGCAAGGGCCAAGCUGUAG